AUACAAAACCCCAAAUUCAUCAUGGCGGCCACGACGUCUGCAUGUGUUCUGGUGCGAACUUCGUGUUUAUUGCGGGCUGGAUCGAGUUUAAGAUUGGCCGGUAGAGCUGGUUCUCUACAUAAACAUGUCUCGGUUGCAGGUGCUGGUAAAUGCAAUUUCGCCACAUCGGUAGAUGACAUCACCAUUGCAGAAACUACAGCCGAUAAGAAGCACGAGUUUACACAUGACGACGAUGGCAGUGGGUACGGUGAGAUAAGAGAGCGCUUUACAAGUCCAGAGUUAUUGCCACCGAUGGGAACACGGUCAAAACUCCUUGAUUACUUAGAGAGACAGGAUUGCUACAAGAGAAGGAAAGUCAUCGAUAUCCCUGAAUUCUAUGUUGGCAGCAUAAUGGCAGUGACAACAGCGGACAUAUAUGCAAAGGGUAAAUCCAACCGAUUUGUUGGUAUUUGUACAAGAAGAGGUGGCUAUGGGCUGGGAGCUACAUUCAUCCUUCGCAACGUCAUUAACGAUUUAGGAGUUGAAAUUUGUUUUGAGUUGUACAACCCACUCAUCCAGAAGGUUGAGAUGUUGAAGUUAGAGAAGAGGUUAGACAGCGACUUGAAAUAUCUACAGGAUGCUCUGCCGGAAUACAGCACCAUCGAUCCUAACAUGGUGCCUAUCAAACACCCCCCUGGCAAACCAGUACCCAUCAAUGAUAUCAAGGUCAAACUGAAGCCGAGGCCGUGGUACAAACGCUGGGAGAGGGCGGAGCUACAGGGUGUAGAUUUCUCCAACGUCAAAGAAGAACUUGUAGAACAAGGUAAAACAUGGUGGCUACCAGACUACAAACGCAUGGACCUCCUACAGCAGUGGAAACUGCCAGAGAAUUUACGGACUGGGAUCGAACGAGAGGUGGAAAAACUCGAGAGUGACAUCAGUCAGGAGAGGCAGAAAUGAUGACACGAUGGAUCGAUUCAUUUGUGGAAUUUUUAGUAACUAUUAACAUUGGGGAGCGCCUCAAAAGAAGGAAUAGUAGGAUUGUUCUCAUUUGAUUGGAUAAGAAUCCCAGUUCGUGCACACAAGCUAUUUCGUUGGAGUGCCAAAUCGUUCCACUGGAAAGUUUCAAAUACUGAUGCGCAUAAUAUUCACUUGUGUAAAAUUUGAAUUUUGUGUAGCUAUUACCAGUGAGGCGACUCAAAAGUAAGAAAGGUAGGAAUGUUCUGAUUGGAUUUUAAAGUAUCCAGCGCGUGCACAAGGGCUGUUCUGUUGGACUGCCGGUACGUUCCAUUGGAAAGUUUAUGUAAGAUGGAAAGUGUGGAUGCUCUUUAAAGAUUGGAAAAUAACCUGGUAUGUGUGGUGCCCCCUACCAUCAUGAAGCCUCCCACGGUGAGGUAUAAAAGUUUGUUUGAUUCCAUGAUUACCCGAAGAAAAAAAAACAUAAAAAUUACUAAGAACACAAA